AUGAGUCGGCAACCGGGGAAAGGUUUCUUCAGCGAUCCAGAAACGGACGACACGCUGCGAAAUAUUAGACGAGAAUACCUUGCAUCCAAGAAAAACCUACAGGAGCUGCUUAUAACUAGUCCGACUUCAAUGCGAACUAGACAAUUGCAAAAUCCAACACCUGUCACUGAUUUUUCUCGCAAAGAUGGACGACUGAAUAAUGAUGAUCAUUUAAGGCUACAACUGCGAGAAGGAUUAAAAUCAGAUCCUGAAAUAAUGCCCGCUGGCGCCACUCCAUCCUCCUAUAAAACGUUCCAAAAAAUUGGACAAUCGAAAGCUUACAAUGAAAUAGAUACUAUGCGAUCCAUGUUGUACGAUCAACAACGUCAAAUUAACCAAAUGCAACGAGAUUUUGAAAGUCAAGGACAACGAAACGCUGCGUUACAUGAUCGAGUUUACUAUUUGGAGCGCACCGUGGCAAAGCUAGAAGCAGAACUCGAGACUCAAUCAACCGUUCGUGACUCGUAUGAACCCGUGGUCCGUCCACUACGUACAAAAAUUCCUGCACCAGUGGAAUUCCAAGAUCACGACAAUACACGAGCAUUACUCAAUCCGCAAUCCAUGGAUAUGGCCGCAAAAAGACAAAUAUCCAAUUACGAAGAUAGUACUACGAGGCUUAUACAAAUGGCCCAGGAUUCGAAUUCAUGGUCA